GCGGUCCGACCAUGUCGGCGGCACGUCCAGCUGCCAGUGCGGAUGAUCGGCGACUUAUGUGCGAGUUCUGCGGCUAUCGGACGGCCAUCCAAUGGAAUCUGCAGGUCCAUCGGCGGCGACACACCGGCGAGAUGCCCUUCAGUUGCCAAACCUGCCAGGCGCGAUUCCCGGCCAGCUAUCAGCUGAAAAGCCAUCUGGAGCGGCACAUGGACGCCGGUGAGCGGCGGCAGCGGCACAUUUGCACCGACUGCAACGUGGGCUUCUCCAGCUCGCGGUCACUGUACCACCACCGGACGCUCCACGAGGAUGGGAAGCGGUUCAAGUGCUCCCAGUGCGACAAGUCAUUUGCCCAGGCGGCGGGUUACGCCCAACACAAGCGGAUGCAUCGCCAGAGGAACGAACGAGCCACUGAAACCACGGAUCUGCAGGAACUGCAGACCAGGAGAAAGCUUACAAGUGAUUUUUAAGUUUUGGUGCAUAUUCAAAUUUGAAAAACGGAUAACCGAUUCGUAUUUUGACUAAAGUGCUUACUAAUA